AUGUCGCUCUACCACGAGGCUGCCACGGCACUGACGGCCCCGGCUUCGGACGGCGGCAACCUCAAGACGCGUAUUUUUGGUCCGCGCAGCAAGGACGCCAAAGACGUGCAGACGGCCAAGGGCAAAGAGGCCAAGGAGAGCGGUCGCCGUGGAACCGGCGUCAUCCCACCGGCCCAGAUCUAUGCGCUCGCCGCCGAGUCGUGCAAAUGGAGCGCGGUCCUGAGCGAGGUCAUUGACCGUGCCGGCCUGCUCGAGCACGAGCGCCGCGCCCGCCUCACGCCCGUCCUGGCGCUGCUGCUCGUGCACGAUUUGCUCGUGGCCAAGAACGGCAAUGGCAACAUCCAGCUGCCCGCGCACCACGGCCUGCGGGCGGCCGUCGAGCGGCACAAGACGCGGCUGUCGGCCGAGCUGACACGGGCCCGGCUGCGGCGCGGCGCCCUGUCCUUGCACGUGCUGCGCGAGCAGGUGGAACGGGCGGCUGCGGCGUCGGUGUCGACGACGUCGUCGCUGGCGGCGGCGACGCGGUGGGUGCGGGUCAACACGCUCAAGACGACACUGGAGCAGCAGCUGGCGACGACGUUUGCGGGCUAUGAGCAGGUCGCUACCCUGCACUCCCUGUUUGCGGCCGACGCCGACGGGCCGCGAUUGUAUAUCGACGAGCACGUGCCCAACUUGGUGGCGGUGCCCUUGGUUGCCGUGCCCGCGUCGUCGUCAUCGUCGUUAUCGUCGUCGUCUGCUGUCCAGACAGAUCUGACCCGCUGCGAUGCGUACAAGCGUGGCGCCAUCAUCUUCCAGGACAAGGCCUCGUGCUUCCCUGCGUACCUGCUGGACCCCGCAUCGGUGCCCGGUGGCGGCCACGUCAUUGAUGCUUGUGCGGCACCGGGCAACAAGACGAGUCACCUGGCGGCCCUGCUGGGCGAGGAGAAGGCACCGACCGACCGCCGCGUGUUCGCCUUUGAAAAGGACAAGUACCGAAGCAAGACGCUGCAGAACAUGCUGCAAAAAGCGGGCGCACUGGCCGCCGAGAGCGGUGACGGCGCCGAAGUCGGCAUGAGCAUCGCCACCGUCGACGCUGGACAGGACUUUUUGAAAGUCGACCCGACGGCCGAGCGGUUCCGCGAAGUGCGCGCCCUGCUGUUGGAUCCCAGCUGUUCUGGCAGCGGCAUCGUCGGCCGCGAUGCUAUGCCCGAACUACACCUGCCCAAGGUAGCCAAAGUCAUAAGGGGCACGUCACAACAGGGCAUGCCGACCGGCAGCGGCAGGAACAAACGGAAACGCGGGGCCGAGGCCGAGACGAAGAAGGGAAAAAAGGAAAAUGAGGAAGACAUGGGUGACGAUGUCCCUGCGGACGCCACGACCGCCCUCGACGACCUCCAAAGCAAGGACAAUCCCAAGGCGCGCCUGGCCGCGCUCGCUUCGUUUCAGCUGGCCAUUCUGCUGCAUGCGUGCUCAUUCCCGUCUGCCCAGCGCGUGACCUACUCGACAUGCUCGGUGCACGCCGAGGAAAAUGAGCAGGUGGUGGUGCGGGCGCUGCGGGCGCUGCGACGAGCGGAGGCUGGACGUUGGCGACUGUUGCGGCGCGACGAGCAGGUGGCAGGGAUGCAGGCAUGGCCCGUACGGGGUGAUCCCAAGGGCGCAGAGAACGUGCCAAGGACUGAGGACGAGGACGAUGACCAAGACGAAGACGCAGCGGCUGUGGCCGAGGCGUGUAUUCGGUCGUAUGCCAACGACGACCGGGGCGUAAUGGGCUUUUUCGUGGCGGCGUUUGUGCGAGACGAGGCUGGCGCAGAAGGGACGAAAACAGCAAGUAGGGCACAAGACACAGAACAGUCACCACAAACUAACGGUGAACCUACAAAGAAAAAGUCCAAAAAAGGCCAAGAAAAAGACCAAGAAGGCAACAGGGACGGUUGCUCACCCGCCUGUCGAAGCGAAACAAGACCAGUCGGACGACGAUGA